CUGUCAUUUGAGUUAAUGUCUAUGGGGGUUAGGUUAUUAUUUGUUUUAAUCCAAAAAAGUUCAGGUCCGUGGCAUCAAUUAAAAGUUAUUCAAUAUAAAUUAAGAAAAAGGAAACGUAACAAGUCAAGUAUUAGCAAAAAAAAGUUUAAAAAUGUUAAAAAAAGCAAAUUUAUAUUUUUAAAAAAUUUUAGUAAUACGACAAGAAUUCUCAAAAAUAAAAAUGGAACGGAAAGAAUUUUAAAGACAAAAAGGAAGUAAAAACUAUUAAAGUAAAAAGCAAUUAAAAAGUAAAUAACAUAGAA